UUCAAAAUCAAUUUAAUGUUAUGACUCAUAUAAUAUUACUAGCAAACCAGUGAACCAAAUGUUCACCAAAACCUGAUUUAAAAAAAAAUGUAUUUAAUUAAUUGAGAACUUCGGAGAUUUUGUGUGGUUUCGUUUGAAAUUCGUGAUUUCUCGAAAACCGGAAGUGCUACGUUACUCAAAUCCGGUUUGUAGUCUUAUCAGACUAUUCUUAACUUAUAACUUAAAUAUUCUCUUUAUCUAUCUCUUACGGUUUGGCCGCUGAAACAGCACCACGGACGGACGGACGGACUUGUCUAAUAGAUAAGAGAUUUUUCAGUCAAACCAUGUGGUAAAAGAAAAACAACAAACCAAAUUUAAAAACAAAAGCAAGUAAAAAUGUAUCUCCUAAUAAAUAUUUAACUGAACGCAUUCAUUCUUUUUUCAAAUCACGACUAGAUUUUUGUCACCCGUCCAGAAAAAGAGGCGGGAAACACGGAAAACGAAAAAAAAAAGUCCGUAACCAUGCAGUCCGUGUUACUAAUAAUAAUAAAUCAAAAGAGGCGACAGACCAAUGACGUUGUGCAGAAAUUAAAAUAAAAAAAAAAAAAGUUUGCCGGCCGCCGGCGCGCGACGCUAAUCGGCGCAAGCGGCCGAACAAUGAUGUCAAUCGUAUCGAGCGUACUAAAUCUGCUUUUGGAUGACUUUUGGUAUGUGUGGCGGCGUCACAGUGCGAAUGUCAUUGGAUUUAUAAAUACGAUACAGCUCCAGAAAUAGGUGGCUACAGGUUUUCCAGGCGUCCGAACGAAAAUAAAGUAGCCUGGAUCCGUUAAACAAUAUUAUUGUCUCGAGCGGUAGAGUACGGCGUCGGAUAACAGCGUUAUAGCAGCCCUGGGGCGUAUGCUGAGCACUGGAGCCCUGGCCGACGUGACUCUGAGCGCCAGUGGAACUUCGGUCAAAGCCCAUAGGCUGGUCCUGGCUUCCUGUAGCCAGUACUUCGCGCAACUCUUCAAGGAACUAGAUACUGACAGCAACAGCGUGGUAGUAGUGCUAGGAUGCGAGCCGGCGGAGCUACGGUUACUGCUUACAUUCAUGUACACGGGGGAGGUCACCGCCCCCAAGAGAGGACUGCCCGCGCUGCUCAGGCUAGCUCACACACUCAAGGUCUCCGGGCUCACCGACGCAGAUACAAAUUCAACACUAAUAUCGACUGAAUCCGAACAACCUGCAGAAUGCGAGAAAUCCAACUCCCCCGUUAACCUAGAACUAAAAAGCGACCACAACUCGAACUUCCUCGUCAACGACAACUCCAGUGGUAGCUCCCGACUCGAUGACGUCAUUACAGAGAAGACCAUAACAGACAGGAAUACAACCACGGUAUAUCAACAAGACUUGGCGAGAACGGAAAGAGAUAGACUUAGCAAACUGGACCAGAUCGUACAGAAUCUAUAUAGCACGCACAAGAUUGGGAAUCCUGCGGCUCCUGUUGUUCCACCUGGAAUCAAUUUGGCUGGCAUAACACCCGACCCGCCCGACUCAUACGACCCAAAAUGGCGUUCCAACUCAGUCUGUACAGUUUGCAACAAACGCCUCAGCAAUCAGUACAACUUACGCGUUCAUAUGGAAACGCACGCGGGCCGUCGACACGCUUGCCGCGCCUGUCCACACGUUUCACGAUCUAGAGACGCCUUGAGGAAACACGUGGCUUAUAGGCAUGCUUCAACACAACGGGAUACAGUAUGAUACUAUUGUCACUGUUAUAGCACUCUAACCCCACUUACUAGAAGACCUUUCCAAGACUAACUCUAGGGAUAUGCAAUGGGAACAGUUUCUACAGGCAAAUUGUGUCGAAGCGGGAUGCCGCCCGAUCAUACUUUCUAAUUCACAGCACAAAACACAGAAGGUCAGGAGGGUGCUUAUAAACCGUUUGUACGGGAACCGAUAAUGAACGCCGGCUCGACCCCAUUACAGUUCCACCUAAUAGAUAAUAGCCAAUCAAACGACGCUACAUCAAACAAUCGACCCAAUCAGCACUCACACCCGCGAGCAACGACGCAAUCAGAACCAAGUUUGGGUCAAGUUAUGAGAAUUUACUCACAUAUAACUAUGGCGCGCCUGCCCCGCCCACAAGGCCUUUCUAACCUCUUGCUGUGUUCUGUGCUGAUCUAUACUAUACUAACCUUAGAUUAAAACAAAAAGGGUAGAUACGGUACGCUCAUACUUGCAUCAAACAAAAACUGAUCCCAAAACGCUAACGCUUUCGAUUUUAUUUUGUUAUUUCUGACCGCCGAAGGAUUUUAAAUACCUCACGCUCAUCUUUUUUAAUACUGUUAUUACCAAUGCAAAAGAAAAAAAAAGAGCACGAGGCAUUUGAAAACCUCAGGCGGCUAGAAAUAACAAAAUGAAAUCGUAAGCGUUAGCGUUUUCCCAAGCAUUUCCGCUAGGCGAAUGGCCCCCAGUCCUCGAGGACUGGGGGCCAUUCGCCGACGUCGCUACCGAAUAAGAUUCAAAACAAACAGAGUUUUUUAUGAAAAAAUAUAUUUAUAGUACUUACGAAUGAAAAGUGAUGCCUUGGGUUUUAUGUUUAGUUCUUGAGCAAUUUGAGCACUUUUUAAAAACACAGGCAUUGUUUUAUCAUAUAAACACAAAAUAUUAGCAAUAUUUCUUUUUGGCGUUCACAUGUACGUCGUUUGCAUGUCAAGUUGUGACUAAAGCGAUUAGGGUCGUAGACCACAAUUUAUGCGGAUCACUUUUGUAAGGCUAGUGCCGUAUCUACCCUUUUUGUUUUAAUCUAAGAUACUAACAUUCGAAUAUCACAUCUACUAACUCGGACGACCUUUACAAGGAUCACUCUAGGAUUUCACUGCGUCAAUACCUCGCCUACAGCCCCUACAGGUGUGCCGCUUAUAGAAUACUUUAGCACACUAUGCCACUAAAUUACCCCACUAUACCACUAUUAGAGCAUACUAGUACCUAGUUACUUUAACACAUCAAACUCACAUCUACUAUCUAAACUUAGUCGUCCCGUUCACCACUCGCAUUUCCCAACCACUUUAAAAUUUGCUUUUACAGUAUUUCUUGCUGUGAAAUGGAUUUUGCUUAUUAUUCUACGGAUUCUGUAUGUAUACAGAAACUGGAGAUGUAGUCUUAAUGUAGAGUCUGAAUUAUGGCAGAAACAGACUUAUGAAACGCGACGCCACGCCACGCGUAUUUUCUAUGGCGUAUCGUGUCGCAUCGGAUGGUCCUAUUGUGAUUCUAAACAUAGAAAAUAGCACGUUUUGAUUUGACUCCACACGCCUGGCGUGGCGUCGGCGUCGGGUGGCGUUGCGUUUCAUAAGUCUGUUGAAUCGCGUUUCAAUAUGCUACCCGACGCCACGGGAGUUAUUCUGUACCCUUUGUACGAGUUUUUCACACUCACUAAGGGUACUGAUUUUAUUGUUUUCGUUUCAACACAAAUAAACAGUGUUUAAAUUCUAUCAUUAAAUCAUUUGCACCUUCUUUGUAUAGUAUAUUUGGUUACUUUUCACCAAAAUGGACAUAGAAACAUAAUUUAUAUUUACAAAAACUAUGAUAGUUUUCGUGAGCUUAAACUCGUACUAAGGGUACUGGAGUGUUCUCAUACAAAACUGUUAGUCAAACGUUAACCAAAAGUACCAACAUGUCAAUGUCCUGUCCUUACAAAAACAUUGUUUAUUUAUUUUAGAUAGGUAUCGUAUGUAAACCAAUCUUAAGCCGAAUUUUUAGGAAUAAUCUUACCCAUGUUUCCAAAAACAGUUGUAGCUCAUCGGUUUUAGAGUUCUUUAACGAGCUAAAGGAAUCGAAUUCUUCAUAUAAUACUAACUUAAUAGAAGCGACGGAUUAACGGGAAUACUUUAUCCAUUGUUAAAAUUACGUUAAAAUUUCUAUUUACAUAAAAAAAUGACAUCUGAAAGUCUUCGGAGUAUCUACUGAGACAUUUUAAGAGAUUUUCAUUCAUUAGAUAUUUUUAUCCCUAACAAUAACAACAGCGAUGUUAAUUAUGCAUAAAAGUUUACCCACCGAAAUGUCAUUUUCGAUUGUUUUCAUUAUGUAUUUUGUCUUGUUAAUUUUAUAAUUCGCACGUCACAAACAAAAGGGUAUUUAUUAUCUUCAAAAACAGUGUUUUGAGAUAUCGCGUUUUGAAGUUUUAAAAAAUCAUAGAAGCGGAACUUCUUGUUCAAAUGUUUAAAAUGAUACCUUGAUUUAAACAUACAGUAUCCUUCUUUGUGUUGAGUAAGUUUAGUUAGUGUAUCAAUAGCGGUUUUUAUUUUAAAAGUACUUUUAUGUGACUGGGUAAAGAGAAUACGUUAAAAUUAAAACUAGUAUCAUUUUAUAAUAAUUUCGCUGAAAAUAACAUAUUAAAUAAAAUUGAACAGGCCAUAGGGGUAUUAUUUUAACUAAAACUUCAAACUUGUAUUAAUCCGAACGGGCAAUAGACAUUGUAAACAGUAUUAACUUAACUUAAUAUUGUUUAGAAUACUCACAAUCAUAAAUGUUGCCUAGAAAUUGACGACAUGUGUUGCUAUAAUUCAAAAACUUACCAGUUUAUAGAGAAAACAAAGUAGUUUUCGAAACGCUAAUAAGAAAAAAUGGUUUUGCCGACUUAAUACCCUAUUAUUUGUGACGUGCGAAUUGUGGUUGGUUCAUCUAGUGCCCUUGAAGACAUUCUUAUUAAAAUACUUUCACAUAAUCUAAUAAUCAAUUACACAAUAGGUAACAACGAAAAUCAAACGUAAGUUAGCGUUUUUGGAAAUAAAAAUACAGAAUUAAAAGGAUUAUAUUGGGUAUCAGCAUCAGCUUGGGAGACAUUUUUAAGAAUGAAUAAGUAAAAGAUGAACUAACCAAAAUUAUUUAUAUUCUUACCUUUUUAGGACUGUUUGUUUGUUUACGUAUAUGUCAUAGGACGCGCUUACACAGAAGCAAAGUUCAACAGAGUGUUAAAUGUAUUUAAUACACCAUCUCCCUUUUAUUUUAUAAAUAGUCUGAAAAGGAUAUAUUGCUAUCAAAAUUACAAAAAGCACUAAGAAUAGCCAUGUGAAUGCUUGCAUCAGAUUGUAAUCUAAGAAACUUUUUCAAAUAUUCCAAAGAAAAGAUAGAGUUAGCGAUCUAAACUCUGCUUCUGCGGAGACGCAUCAAAACUAGAGUAGAUCUUUACCUAAAUAUUUAUGUUUUACAUAACAUUAUUUAUUGUUAGCAAAUAUAUUUAUAGGUCAUUAACACUCCCUGUUUAUUCGUAACUAUUAAAUUACUCCUGUAGUUUUAAGUUUUUUUUUUUUAACUUCUAAGGUUAUAGACAUAAAGUUGAAAUUGGUUCAGAACAAUUUAUGGCACAUUGGCACAGAGUAAGGAUAUUUCAUACAGAAGCUCAAGAACGAACUUUGACAGAUCCGUAAUCGUGUCGCAUCGUCAAAGUUUGUAUGAAAUCUAAACAGUGCCCCUAUCGGACGUAAGAACAAACUGGCUCCUCCCAUACAAAAUUUGACGAUGAUGAUACGAUAACUCUGAAGAAUAUGAGUCUCUAAAGUCCAAAAAAGUAGACAUAUAAUCUACUAUACAGAUAACUUGGGGAACACGUUACUGUUCAAAGCUAAUAUGGUAAAUUAUUCAUAUAUUAUUUCUUAAUAAUUCAAAAGGUAUGUCUGCAUUCCUUACUAGGCCAAAGGCGUUGGACUUGUAUUAGAAUAAAUGUCUUAUUCUGUGACUUGAGUUACCCAUUGUGACGUUUGAUAAGUGUACAACGGCUAUUUUGAAUAAUCCAAUUCUAUUGUUUCUUAGGUUUUCACGCACACCACUUAUUCAAUAAAACUAAUUAAAUAGUAAGAGAGAGACAAAGCGAUUGUACAACCAGUAUAGUAGUACGAAAAUGUAUGAGUUGCACUGUCGCUUGUCUCUUUCUAGAGAAUAAUUUCAUACGGAUGUCGCUCAGUUCAUUGUUUUUCUAUAGUAAUUAUUAAUAAAAUGCUAGCACUUAACAUGGCUAUUCGUGUAUGCUAUUUGUCAUUAUGAGAGCAGGUUGUCCUUAUUAUACUCUAUAGGGAGUGAAAAGGAGAGACUGCUGUCACGUUCACGAAUAGCAAACACAAAUAGCCAUAUGAAGUGACGGUAUAA